AUGCCUGACGAAUCGCGCAAGCGCAAGGCGUCCGCCGACGACCGCUCGCAUGCCGGCAAGCGAAGCAGAGGCCGGAGGCAGUGGCGCUCGCUGCCUGCGAAACAGGGCGGUGGCAGCAUCGAGCCCGGUGACUCGGGCAUCUGGGCCACGUGCAAUAUGGGAAGAGAGGCAAAAGCCGUGGCCGAGCUGAGAGACAUGUUCGACGAGCACGUUGAGAAGAUGUACGGCGGUGGCGCAGCCCGCGACGACGACGACGACGCUGCGGGGGCCGACGUUGAGGCUGAAAUCGCCAAAGAGCUGGAGGACAUGCGCAAGCCGGCCAAGGAGCCUCCUUUCAGACACAUCCGCGUGGACACGGACUGCAUCAUGUUUUUCAAGACAAAGGCGCCGAUUGAGCCCGUCGAGUUUGUGCGGCGCAUGUGCGAAGAUGCCAUGGCGAGCUCAGAGCGCAAGACGGGCCGCUUCAUCAAGCGGCUGACGCCAAUGACGCUGAUGGGAAAGGCACAUCAGAACGGCCUGGAGGAAGUUGCCGCCCAGGUUCUGGCGCCGCACUUCCAUGCGGAAGGUUCCGCUGGCAAGAAGUUUGCAAUAAGGCCGAACAUCCGCAACAACAAGGACGUGACGAGAGACCAGGUCAUCAAGACGGUGGCCAGUGCCGUUGGGCCCGGGCACAGCGUCGACCUGAAGGACUACGACCUGCUGAUCCUCGUGGACGUCUACAAGGGUCUCUGCGGGAUGAGCGUGGUGGGCAAAGACUUUGAGCGACUCAAGAGAUACAAUCUCUCGGAAAUAUACGAGCCAUCACCGAAAGAACAGCCGAAUUGA